GACUAAUGAAAAAGCCUGCUAGAGACAAUUCAGAUUCUGCUCGAGUUUUUGCAGCCUUGGUCCACCACCGACUAGAGAAGAAAAAGAAAAAGGAAAAAAAUGGAGCAGGAGGUCGUUAGGCUCCGCUGCCAGCGAAUCGGCUGCAACGCCACCUUCACUGACGACGAUAAUCCAGAAGGUUCCUGUCAAUACCAUGACGCGGGUCCUAUAUUUCAUGAUGGGAUUAAAGAAUGGAGUUGUUGCAAGAAAAGAAGUCAUGAUUUCACCUUAUUUCUGGAAAUUCCAGGAUGUAAGACAGGUAAACACACAACUGAAAAGCCAGUGUUAUCAAAGACUACACCAAGUCCAAAGAAACCAAUUUCUGCUCCUGCUGCUGCUAUGGCAACCAACUUGUCCUCUAAAGAAUCUUGUCCUAGGUGCAAGCAGGGUUUCUUUUGCUCAGACCAUGGUUCACAAGUCAAGCAACCUGCACCUGCUAGAAGCAGUGCAUCACAAGGGUCCUCUGGACCAAGAACGAAGAUAGUUGAUAUAAACCAGCCCCAAACCUGUAGGAAUCAGGGCUGUGGCAAAACUUUCAAAGAAAAGGAUAAUCACGAAAUUGCAUGUAGUUAUCAUCCUGGGCCUGCUGUUUUUCAUGAUCGACUGAGAGGGUGGAAGUGUUGCGAUGUCCAUGUAAAGGAGUUUGAUGAAUUCAUGACCAUUCCACCUUGCACCAAGGGAUGGCACAAUGCUGAUCCGGUGUCGUAAGCAGCAGAGAUGAAGUGUUUCUCUUGCUGUUCCUUCUAUUUGCAAAUUUCAUUUCCAGGGUAUUGCCAGGGUGAUAACAAGCUUUUUUUUGAAAUCUGGAUGUUCCACUGGAAUUUGACUUGCUUUCUUCUAUUGGCAUUUUCUCUUGCAUUCUUGUUCUCGUAUUUUUUUGGCCUCCUGAAAGUGGUGUUAUGGUUGUGUACUAUUGUCGCAUUGGCGGAGAACUCCGACUCUGCUAUAUAAUGAAGAAACCCGAUCAUUAACAAUUUAAACCUUCAUUCUACUUGGACACUGUUUAUUUCGAUAAAUAUUGUGUUUGUUGAGACGCUCAUAUUUAAACGAGGAGAUGUUUUAAUGGA